AUGAGGUAAUUCGGAAGAAAAGAAAAAAAGCACAAAUCAUUGAGUUUAUCUUUUGAAUCUCUUAUCAAUAGAUUAAAUGAUUUAUAAGUUCAGAAAAACAAUUUCUUAAAAUCCUUUUUAGGAAAUAACAACGAUUUAAAUUCAUAGAAUGAUGAUUAAUAGAUAUCUAAGAGUAAAAAUGACUAAACUUAAAUGAUUGUGAAAUAUGACCCUCCAAAAUUGUAUAUAAAGGAUAAACAAUAUGAUAUAUCAAAAUCAAAGUAUGAAUAAGAAAUAGCGAAGAAUUUGGAUAAAUUAAAUAAAGAGAUUGAUAAUCAAGCAUCCCAUAUUGUAAAUUUAAGACAAAUGUCUGCAAUAGAAUUUUAUCUAUUAGUUAAUUAAUUAAAUGUGAAUGAUAAUUUACAUUUUAGUAAAACUGAUAUUUGCACUAUUUGUUAAUUUGAUUUAUUUGAAAUAGAAGAUUGGGAAAAUUUUGAAAACCUCUUAGCUUAUGAAUAACUAGUCGUAGGGCUUCCAUGCGAACAUUAUUAUCAUAUGGAUUGUUUAUCACAUUGUAUAAAAGAAUAACAUAUCUAAUGUCCAGUUUGUGGGAAAAUAUAUGGCAUUAAAACUGGAGAUUAGCCCGAUGGAUAGAUGAUAUGUUAAAUAGACUAUAACACUCAUUGUGAAGGAUAUGAAGAUUGUGGAACAAUCAUAAUUAAUUAUCAUAUGUAUGCUGGGUAAAGAAAUGGAUAAUAAUUCCCACCAACAUACAGAGAGGCAUUUUUACCAGACACUCCUGAAGGAAGACAAGUAUUUAGACUAUUAAAAAUGGCUUUUGAAAGAAAAUUAAUUUUUACUGUUGGACGUUCUGUAACAACAGGUAAAGAUAAUAGAAUAGUAUGGAAUGGAAUUCACCAUAAAACAAAUUUAAUGGGAGGUGUUAGUUGUUUUGGAUACCCUGAUCCUACUUAUUUUAGUAGAGUUAAAGAAGAAUUAGCAGCAAAAGGUGUAUAUUGA